AGUAAAUCCACCCCUUACUCUUUUUCUUAUCUCUAUCUAUCAGCUCCAUUCUGUUUUUGAUAGUAUCAUCAAUUCGCAAUUACUCUUUGAAAAUGUCUUGCUGUGGCGGUAACUGUGGUUGUGGAUCUAACUGCGGUUGCGGCAGCGGCUGCGGAGGUUGCAAGAUGUUUCCUGAUUUCGUGGAGAACAGCUCUAACCCCACCGUUCUCGUCACCGGUGUUGCCCCCAAAAUCUCAUACGGUGAAGGAGCAGAGAGUGGAGUAGCUGCAGAGAAUGGGUGCAGGUGUGGUGCCAACUGCCAAUGCGACCCAUGCAACUGCGGCAAAUAAAUACCAUCUUAAUUAAUUAAGAUGAAGAUAUAUUUAAACUAAUUAAUGUUGUUGUGUUAAUUUAAGAAGUGUUGUAUGUUUGUGGGACUAUUGUGGUGUAUAAGCCAAACUCCUAAUUAGGCUUAGAAUAAUCGUAUUAUAGCAGCCUUAUGAUAUGGUAUGGUAUGAUAUGAUAUGACGUCGUCUCUAUCGUGUUACAUGUGAUGUUUACUUUAUACCGGUUGGACUAAUCAUAAUAUUGUGUUCGUUUUACAAUA